CACGCAGGCGGCUGCGCACGCGCGUCCCCGCCUCGGAACCCGGAAGUGCCGAGCGGAGCCACGUGGGUGGAGCUGGCGCGCUGGUCGCAUGGGGGAGUCUAUCCCGCUAGCCGCCCCGGUGCCGGUGGAACAGGCGGUGCUGGAGACGUUCUUCUCUCACCUGGGUAUCUUCUCUUACGACAAGGCCAAGGACAAUGUGGAGAAGGAGCGCGAGGCCAACAAGAGCGCGGGGGGCAGCUGGCUGUCGCUGCUGGCGGCCCUGGCGCACCUGGCCGCGGCCGAGAAGGUCUAUCACAGCCUCACCUACCUGGGGCAGAAACUAGGGGGCCAGUCGUUCUUCAGCAGGAAGGACUCCAUCCGCACCAUCUACACUUCCCUGCAUAACGAACUGAAGAAAGUGGUGACUGGCCGCGGGGCCCCGGGUGGAACGGCUCCUCACGUGGAGGAGCUGCUCCCCCACCUGUCAGAGCAGCUCUGUUUCUUUGUUCAGGCUCGGAUGGAGAUCGCAGACUUCUACGAGAAGAUGUACGGCCUCAGCACGCAGAAGUUCAUCAACACGGAAGAGCUGGUCAGCAUGCUGGAUACCAUCCUCAAGAAAUACAGCUCCAGGUUUCACCACCCCAUCCUCAGCCCUCUGGAGAGCAGCUUCCAGCUGGAAGUGGGCGUGCUGAGUCAUCUCCUGAAGGCGCAGGCCCAGAUCUCAGAGUGGAAGUUCCUGCCUUCCCUGGUCACCCUGCACACUGCUCACACGAAGCUUCAGAGCUGGGGCCAGACCUUUGAGAAGCAGCGGGAGACCAAGAAGCACCUGUUCGGAGGGCAGUCCCAGAAGGCCGUGCAGCCCCCACACCUGUUCCUUUGGCUGAUGAAACUCAAAAACAUGCUCUUGGCCAAGUUCAGCUUUUACUUCCACGAGGCCCUGAGCCGACAGACGACCGCUUCAGAAAUGAAAGCGCUGACUGCAAAGGCGAACCCAGACCUCUUUGGAAAGAUCUCCAGUUUCAUCAGGAAAUACGACGCUGCCAAUGUGUCCUUAAUUUUUGACAAUCGAGGCUCAGAGAGCUUUCAGGGUCAUGGCUACCAUCACCCACAUUCCUACCGAGAGGCCCCUAAGGGAGUGGACCAGUACCCAGCUGUGGUGUCUUUGCCCAGUGACAGGCCGGUCAUGCACUGGCCCAAUGUCAUCAUGAUCAUGACAGACCGGACAUCCGACCUCAACAGCUUGGAGAAGGUGGUCCACUUCUACGAUGACAAGGUCCAGAGUACCUACUUCCUGACCCGACCAGAACCCCACUUCACCAUCGUUGUCAUUUUUGAGUCAAAGAAAUCUGAAAGAGACUCCCAUUUUAUUUCCUUCCUCAAUGAGCUCUCGCUUGCCCUUAAGAACCCCAAAGUGUUUGCAAGUCUGAAACCUGGAUCCAAAGGUUAGCAGGCACUUGCCCAAGGAUUCCCAAGACUGGAUACACUGUCCUCAGACGCUCUGGGGCAACGGUAGCUUGAGAUAAGAAUUUUCUUCUGCGCAUGCUUCUUUCCAAGAGAACGAAAGGCGGACCCUCCCUAAUCAUGUUACCCACUUCAUACAAAGCUAAGACCAAGGAUGGUGUCUCCAGAGGGCCUAGGAAGUGCUGUGGCUACUGUGUGUCACCACAGAACAGCAAAGUAGUGUCAGCAUUUUCUCACUUCCCUGGAUUCCAUGUAGACUGAAUAUUUAUUGUCCUUAUUUAUCUUUCCAGAUUUUUUGUUAUUAUUCUGACCGUUGUGCCCCGUGUACUUGCUAAGCCCUGCCCCCUCACUGAAAAGCAGCCAGGAGAAGAUACCAGAUGGGGUAGUUUUCAGUCUCCUAAACACUCAUAUUAACUAGUUUUGCAAGUUAAUCUAAUUAGUGCUAUAGUGUACUUAGGAUCCUGGUGAGAAUCUGCUAUCGGGUGGUGAAGUGGAGGAUUGGUUGGUGGUGGUCCCUAUGGCAACUCCACCAGCCUCAGUUCUUUCAGGUGACCUUCGCAACCCUCCUCGUCAGCUUCUACCUUUAAAAGGUAUGAUUUUUCAAGUCGGCGCAAGCCAGCAGGCGGGGGUUCUCUGCUCUAGCUUACCAUUACUCUCUUGACGUCACUUUUCUGCCGUGUGUUUUCAUCUGGCUCCGUGUCCGGUUAUUCUCAGGUGUAGAAAGCAUGCAGCCAUGUGCUUGUAGCUGUGUUCUAGUUUCUCGCACAACACAGCUUACUUUAAUAAAAUGACAGACUUAAAACUCUGUGCUUGCUAGAAAUCGGGUGUGCUUCGUAGUCUUCAGGUCUGCCCCUGGGCACUUGCGCACCUGGCUUCUUGCCUUCUGCGGAGAGGCUUCGGGAGCAGCACCGCGAGUCUCGGCACGGGCUGCUUACUUCUGUCCCCUUACUUCUGCGCAUGUCCCUUAGGGCUUGUGCAAAGUCCUGGUCAGAUCACCGCUUUCCUGGUGAUUGUAUGGAGCCGCUGUCUUACAGGGAGUCCACAGAACAGGAAGCCACCUCAGCAGCUCCAUGGAGGCUCUCCAAGGCCUCCUGGUCCAGUGUGGCCCUCCUCUAGAGGAUUCCACUGGCUGGGUCUCUGCACCUCCCUCCUUUCACGGAGUCUUAUGCCAGUUGACUUUAAACAGAAGGUCAUGAUUUACUCUGCGUUUUCUCCAGGUUCCAUAUAAUAUGAACAAAUUUUAUAACAUUGACCGGACAUUGAACAAUUGAAAACGUUUGGAAUUAAAAGCCAAACCAUUUUCUUUUGUGUUUUGCUGAGAAACUAAAAAAUAAUCCUUUUUUUUUUCCCUUAAUAAAACCACCACUAGCCUUAAUGAUAUGACUCCCCAGGCACCUGAAAGAGUGGACCAUGGAGGAAUGUAUAUAAAACAUAUAUAUAUACACAUAUAUAUUACUUAAAAUGAUCAAAUAUAUACAUAUUUGAACUGUGUAUUUAUUUUAAACAUAUUUUUUAGUAAUCCAAGUAUUUACAAAGCACAGAAAGCAGGUGUGACUAUUAAUACUAAGAGAGCAUAAACUCAUAAGUCCCUAUGCACUGUCAGACAGUACUGGAGGAAUCUCAAAGAUCAGUACUGAAUCUUUAAUCAUUUCUUAAGCUCCUCAAUAAAGUUUUUAAUUAUAUAUAUAUAAAAUUAUAUAUAUACACUUUUCUGAUCAAGCAGAUUUUAUUGUGUACAUGUGCAUGUUUGUGGGCUUCUUCUCCGAGGAGCCUCCGGAAACUGGAAGGCUAGGUUGUGGGGCUCCCGUGUGGCCCCCUCAACACAGUUACGUUUAGACGAGGUGCAGGGGCUGGACACACGCCAGGCCCUGGCUGGUGGGCGUGCUCCAUUGGGUACAGGAGAUGGCAAGGCGCGCUCCUCCUUUCUUGGACACAGGCUGCUUAGUUUGGCUAAGCUCAUCUGCUUUACAUUUUGACUUGUCAGGGCUCUCUGGUUACACAUCUGCACCCGCAGUUCCUGCUCUUCCAUCCAGGUAGGUUUGAAGUCUUAAAACAUUCCUGGCCACUGAGGCGCACAGGUCCUGAGCCUGACUGUAGCUAGAAAGUCAGUGGAGGAGAAAGCUCCAUAGACGUCCUGGUGACCAUAGGCAGGCGAGGGGCUGUCAGGGAGGCAGUGGAGAUAUAGAAAUAUACACACAAAUAGAAGUGCUCAUAUUUUGGUUCAAGUAAAAAAAAAGUUCUUUUUAUCGGGCUUUGCCACCUGGAAGCAGUACCAAGAUGGUGUGAAGCGCCUGCUUUGCUGGUUUUAGGGGGAAUUGCCCAUUUCCUGUGGACUGCCUACUUUGACACUUAUUUCUAAAACACAGCCUGAUGAAUUCUGGGUAACAAGUAGUGUGGCCAACUCAGAGAGCCACCAUUUUCAGGUGCUGUUUGGAUAGAGGAUAACUCCUCAGCAGCUUUGUCCUUGCUGGGUCCAUCUGGAGUCUGACAGUGUCAUUUGAAGGGACCUGUUAACAUGAAGCCAGAUUGUUAACUGAGGGGCCGUGGCCCUUUGUACAUGGGAAAUUGUCCUUUCGAGAAAGAGCAUGGGACUUCCCUUCCCUCCCUUGGGGGAUCUUUUCUGUCUAUCUGCCUUUAAAUCUAGCAGGCAACUCAGUGGGUCCAUUACUUUGGCAUGCCAGCCUCUACACUCAACAACUUUGUCAAGCAGGACCAAGAAAAUGCGGACUUCAUCUUUCAAUGGUCAGUGUGGGGCUGUGUGAAGGCUGUGUAUGUGAAAAUGUGUUGGGAAUGGACUGGAAAGCUGUAUGAAUAAAAAGUGAACCACA